GUUACCAACUGACAUAAAUCCCUUCACACCAGUUUCAAGAGAUGAAGCACAGCACAGAGAGAAUGUACAUUUCAGUAGUGUUUCUUCACACAAUCCUUAUGGCGAUACCAGAAUUUUGUCAAAUAGUACAUGUAUUGGUGCUGCUUCGACAGUGCCAUACAGUUUAAAUCACGAAAAUGCUUUGGCAAGAUCCCGACUUUCCCACAGUGUUGGUCCUGUUACUACAAUACCUUACCAUGUUACUCAACGGGACAGUUCUACUAUGCUCUCCCAAAAUUCACAAAGGGGUGCUGUUUCCACAGUGCCUCUCUAUUCACGACGAGACAUUGCUACAGUACCUUCCCAGUUUACAAAUGAUGAAACACCGCAAGGCCAUAGCCAUAGUGGAAGAGGGGGACCAAUAGUUUAUCUAAGCUCGACGCAGGCAAGCUGUACCCAGUCUGAAAGAGUUUAUGCAACAGUGACUUCGAUAUGUGGUUUGGGGCUAGCCCAAGGCAGUACCCUGUCUGAUAAAGAAGUUGCUGGGCCAAUGGCUUUCUCAAGCUCGGCGCAGGUUAUAUACCGUACCCAGCUUGACGAAAGAAUUGCUGGACCACCUUGGAAAGACUCCUCCGCUCAAAGCCGUACUUUGCCGUGUAUAAAUGAUAGAUCAGUGGCUUGGGGAACUAACUCGUCCGCCCCAGACAUUACAUUGACUGAUAGAAAAGUUGGCGAAUUAGAGGAUUCAUCUACAGCCACGUUUCAAUGUCAUACUCAGUCAUUAGUCACAAAAGAUGAUUCACCAGAAGUGUCUGAUGCCUUAGAGCAGGUAGAACCACAAGACGAUGUGGUUGCAAGGCUCGAUGCCGGUUGGACUAUUCAAGAUCCCGAAAAUAAAACAAUAAAGCAAGUGUCUGAGUCUGAACCUAUAAUUGAAAGAAAGAAAAAGAAAAAUAGGAAGCAGCGUCGAAAGGCUAGGGAACUAGCUAGGCAGGCAAUAGAGAUGAACACAACUACAUUAUCUACGCAUCCAGACGUUACACUGACUGAUCGAAAUUUUGCUGAAUUAGAGGCUUCUGAAUGUCAUAGUCAGUGUAUAAUCAUAGAAGAUAGUAACGAUUCACGAGCAGCAUCUAAUGUCUUAGAGCAGACAGAACAAGACGCGAUAUCCGCACGACUUGAAGCUAAUUGGACUAUUCAGAAUCCCAAAAAUAAAACAAAGUCUGUGUCUGAACCUACAAUUAAAGAAAGAAAGAAAAAGAAAAAUAGGAAUCAGCGUCGAAAGGCUAGGGAAGAAGCAAGACAAGCAAUAGAGAUGAACACAAUUCCACUAUAUACCUACGUACCUUCUAAAAACACAGUUAACAGUACUCCUAACACAAAUACCAUGAAAGCAGCUAUCGCCCUUGAAGCCAGUACUCUUAAAAGAAAUGAGGAAAACCCGAAUAUACCAAGAAAAAUAACUAUUGAGGAGGUCAUAUCUCCUACUGAUCCUAAGAGGAGAAAAUUCAGUGCCAAAGAAAGUAAAGAAGAGCCAACAUCACGUAAAAGAGUCCUUGUUGAUAACAUUGAUAAUAUUGAUGAGGCUAAGAGACAGAAAACAGGAACUACAGGAAAUAAAACGUAUGCACAAGCUCUAAAGUCUGGUCUGAUAGUUUCCAUCACAACAUUAAAUAGAUAUUUUACUCCUCAGCUUUCCGAAGAAUUUCAGCAACAAAUGCAAACAAGACUAAUGGAAGAAGCAAAAUCAAAUAACAGCCCCGGCCCAAUAUUUAGAGGAAAGCCGCUAUAUUCCAACGGUGCUUUACGUCUUUGGUGUGAAGAUGAAACCACGCUUUCAUGGCUUAAACGUACCACUUCAACGAUGACUGUUUCUUCAGGAGUUAAAAUAAUUAUAAAGAGUCAAACAGAAGUAGAACCGAUGGUACGCUGUGGUAUAGUUUUACCUGGUGUUUGGGAUGACUUUACUGUAAUUGUAAAAACAUUGAGGUAUCAAAAUUCUUGGGCAGAAGUUGAUCGUUGGAAACUGCAUUGGAUUGAAAAACAGAAGACUGAUACUUUUGCUGUCAUUAGUGUACCAAAGGUUUUGGUGAAAAUUAUUUUAGAGCACCAACGUCGACUUGCCUUCAUGUUAGGUUCUGUAUAUGUGAGGUUUCUAGGUUCUAAAGGAAAGUAUUUUGAAUAUCCGCCACAAAAUAUUUUUCAGAAUAUGCAUAAAGGUGUGAAAAGUGCUGAUAUGACCAACCAAGGAGUAGGAAUGCAAUACCAAACUUUGGAAAGGACUGACUCAGUUUCUGAUAAAGAUGUAGAAUUUGGAGACCAUUUGGAAAGUGAACAGAAUCUUAGAAAUUACUUAGAAAGCGGAGACAAUACGCGCUUAGGCAAUGUCAAUAAAGAAAGAGUGGGAAUGCCGAGAGAAGGUAUCCCGUUCUAUCAAACUUAAUAAGUAACCAAGACAACCUCCACCAUAAACUACUUUUAUGGCUUUACUUUUGGUGGGGGUUUUAUACAGCCAUAUUGAUUUUCGAGCCAUGGAUCAGAACAGUAACGAUUUUCGGACAUG